AUGGCGUUGGCUUGCCGCGCCGAUGAUGUCAGCCGGACUAAAGCCGCUGGUCAUGCGGAUAUUAAUCUGCAGAACAGUGCCGCGGGACUGGUAACCUGCUACGUAACUCAACCGGAUAAUCAUGUCUUCCAUGUCGAGGUGGACCAUAAAGCUGAAGGCCAGGAGGUUCUCGACAAGCCUGACUGCCUUCUCCUGGCAUUUAUUUCAAACAAAUGCAGGAAUCACUCCAAAGCGGUGUUUAUGCCUGCCGCGUGCACUGCGACCCUUGUUUCCUCGGAGCUUUUCUCCGCUAAGUUGGAUGCCAGUCGUUUCAACGAUCGGCGCAUCGCAUGCACGAUCGUGGAAGUGGAGUUUGAAUUCGUGUGGAAGCCUUUUAAAAGCGUUAUCACGGAGGCCAGCCCAGCCAUUUGCCGAAUGCUCGGGAUCAUUGACGAAUCGGAGUACUUUGGCAUCCAGUACGCUGGACUGAAGGGGGACCUUAUCUGACAUCAGUUCUACCUGAAUGUGACCCAGCAGCUGACCCGCGGUCUCUGGAACGCCGAUAUGUCGGUGGAGUUGCAGGCCCGUCUGGCCGAGUACGAGCUGCUGCGAAUUGCGCAUCUGGAGGUGCCAGCCUAUGGGAUCUACUACUAUGAGGUGAAGGACAUGUUUGAUCGUCGUCUCCUCAUUGGUGUGGGCCCGGAGUUUGUGGCAGUCUGUGCCACGGAUACGUCUUUCAUUGAAAAGUGA